AUGGCUGACUACUCGAUGUAUCACGCCCUUGGCCAGGGCGAGCAGCUCGACCCCAACGACCCCAACAGAACGACACAACCGGCACCUCCCCAGUUCCAGCCCCCCGCCGCAUCGCAACCCUACCAGCAGGGCAUGGGAUACAAUGCGCCAGCCCCGGCCGGUCAGCAGUACUACGGUGCACCGUCGCCAAUGGGCGGCCCCGUCUCUCCUCAAGCUCCGGGCUACGGGCCGCCGCCUGGACAGAGCCCUUACCCGGGCCAGUCGCCGAAUGCUGAAGACAGCACCCUGGCCGCGCAGAUGGGAGGCAUGGCUUUGGGUGCGGAACCACACCACACAGCAAGGAAGAAGAAGAAGGAUCGGCACGCCUACCACACAGUCGAGGCCCCGGUUGGCUCUUCGCAGCCUUUCAAUGGGAUCCCCCCUCCUGGCACUCAGGCAACUGCCUUCCUGAACGCGGACCCUUCUGGUGCAGGUGGUUUUGUCGGUCAGGCACCGAGCCCCCAGUUCGGCCAGUUCCCCGCGGCUGCCAAUGCUCCCUUCAACCCGGCCAAUCCCGCCAGCCCGGCCGAGUUUGCUGCCCGCGGCGCUGACGGUGCGGCCCCUGCCGUCGUGCCUGCGUCCGGGCAACAGAAGGUGUCUCCCGAGGACCUGCCCAGCGUUCCCGUGUCCAGAGACUCGGUCCAGCAGUACUUCUUCAGCAACAUGUACCCGACUUUCGAGAAACACGUACCGCCGCCGGCAGCUAUCUCAUACCUCGCUUUUGACCAGGGCAAUUCCUCCCCCAAGUUCACCCGCCUGACAAUGAACAACAUCCCGGCUAGUUCUGAAGGUCUUCACAGCACCGGCCUGCCUCUCGGUCUGAUACUCCAGCCUCUUGCGAGUCUGCAGGAGGGCGAGUCACCUAUCCCUGUCCUAGACUUUGGCGAUGUCGGUCCCCCACGCUGCCGUCGCUGCCGAGCCUACAUCAAUCCAUUCAUGAUGUUCAGGCAAGGUGGUAACAAGUUCGUCUGCAAUCUCUGCACCUACCCCAACGAUACGCCGCCCGAGUAUUUCUGUGCCACGUCUCCCCAGGGACUUCGUGUGGACCGGGACCAGCGUCCAGAGCUGUGUCGGGGGACCGUCGAGUUCGUCGUACCCAAGGAGUACUGGACAAAGGAGCCGGUUGGUCUGAGGUGGCUCUUCGUCAUCGACGUGACGCAAGAGUCCUAUAACAAGGGCUUCCUUGAAGCUUACUGUGAAGGCAUUCUCGCCGCCCUGUACGGAGAGGAAGAGGGCGAUGAGAAGGACGAGAAUGGAGAGCCCAAACGACGGAUACCGCCCAACGCCAGAGUCGGUUUUGUCACGUAUGACAAGGAGAUUCAUUAUUACAACUGCAGCCCUGCUCUGGAGCAAGCACAGAUGAUGAUAAUGCCCGAUAUUGAAGACCCCUUCGUACCCCUGAGCGAGGGCCUAUUCGUCGACCCUGUCGAGGCCAGGGCUAUCAUCACGAGUCUUUUGACCCGAUUGCCUCAAAUGUUCUCUGCCAUUAAGAACCCGGAACCCGCACUGCUUGCCACUCUCACCUCAGCAACGGCAGCACUUGAAAAGACCGGUGGUAAGAUUGUCUGCUCUCUGUCAGCGCUCCCUACCUGGGGACCUGGGAGGCUUUUUAUGCGCGACGACGGCAAGCACACCGGCGGCGAGAUCGAUAAGAAGCUUUUUACCACGGAGCAUCCUGGCUGGAAAAAGAUCGCAGAGCGGAUGGCUGCUGGUGGAGUGGGAGUGGACUUCUUUAUGGCAGCUCCGUCGGGCGGUUAUCUCGACAUUGCAACUAUCGGUCAUGUCUCAUCCACCACCGGCGGCGAGACCUUCUACUACCCCAACUUCGUCUCGCCACGAGACAGCCCAAAGCUGUCACUUGAGAUCAAACACGCAGUCACCCGAGAGACCGGCUUCCAGGCACUUAUGAAGGUCCGUUGCUCCAACGGUCUCCAGGUCUCAUCCUAUCACGGUAACUUCAUUCAGCACACGUUUGGUGCAGAUCUCGAGAUUGGUGUUCUCGACGCGGACAAGGCCAUCGGAGUGACAUUUAGCUAUGACGGCAAGCUAGACUCCAAGCUCGAUGCGCACUUCCAAUCUGCAACCCUCUACACUACCGCCAAUGGUGAGCGUCGUGUCCGAUGCUCGAAUAUCGUUGCAAGCGUCAGCGACAAUGCAAAGGACACCCUCAAGUUCGUCGACCAGGACGCUGUUUACUCUAUUCUGGCCAAGGAGGCAGCAACCAAACUUGCUUCGACCUCUGCUACGCUGAAGGACGUGCGCCAGUGGCUGACAGAGAGGACCAUUGACAUCCUGGCCGGCUACCGCAAGAAUUACCUCUCCCAGUCACACCCGCCCAGCCAGCUGGUCCUGCCCGAGCGCCUCAAGGAGUUCUGCAUGUACAUGCUGGGCCUGAUCAAGUGCAGGGCCUUCAAGGGCGGUAACGAGACGUCGGACCGCCGCGUGCACGAGAUGCGCAUGAUCCGGGCCAUGGGCUGCCCCGAGCUCAGCGCGUACCUCUACGCGCGCAUGAUCCCCAUCCACAACCUGCAGCCCGAGGAAGGCUUCGCGGACAAGGAGACGGGCCAGCUGCGGCUGCCGCCCUCGGUGCGCACGAGCUUCGCGGGCGUCGAGCCGGGCGCCGUCUACCUCGUCGACAACGGCCAGCAGUGCCUCAUCUGGUUCCACGCGCAGACGUCGCCCAACCUCAUCGCCGACCUGUUCGGCCCGGACAAGGACUCGCUGCAGAGCCUCGACGCCUACACCUCGGGCCUGCCCGUGCUCGAGACGCACCUCAACGCGCAGGUGCGCAACAUCAUCGAGUUCCUCAAGGGCCUGCGCGGCUCCAAGGGCUUCACCGUCCAGCUCGCGCGCCAGGGCAUCGACGGCGCCGAGUACGAGUUUGCGCGCCUGCUGGUCGAGGACAGGAACAACGAGGCGCCGAGCUACGUGGACUGGCUGGUGCAGAUCCACAAGAGCGUGCAGUUGGAGCUCCAGGGCCAGAGGAGGAGGGAAGACGGGGGCGAAUCGUCGACUCUUGCUAACUUUGCUGGCUUGCGGCCUGCGUACUGGUAG